GUGAAGCCUGGAAAAGGUGGGUGAGUCAGAGCUCCCUACGGGGACAAAGGCUGAGGGUGGGGCUCCUAGGAAUUCCUGGGGCGGGCUGACUGCCUCCCUCCCCCGCCCCGGGGCACAGCUGUAGCUCCGGCCUUCCGGCCUUCCCUCCCGACGCACCUCAGCGCCAUGGAGUUCGAUCUGUCCGCAGCCCUGGGCUCCGCCUCCAACAAGCCAGAAGGGGCAGGCCCGGCAGGAGACCCCAAGUCCUGUCCCCCCAAAGCUCAGGGCGGGCCACAGGCAGGUGCGGCUCAGAGCCCUAGGCAACGCCGCGGGAGCUCCUCGGACUCCAGCAGCAGCAGCGGCAGCAGCUCCAGCGAGGCCGAGGCGGAGGGGAAGGCCGGCUGCAAGCUGCGCGAGCGCUCCUCGGAAAAGGCCAAGAAGCCCAAGAAGAAGAAGGAGAAGAAGGGGAAGAAGGCCCCCCAGUGACGGCGGACGGGCGGGCGAGGCCAUUAAACCUUGCCCUACCCUGCUCUCUGCCGCCCCGGGCCCGCCGGCCUGCCUCGCCCCGGCCGCCGCUCUCUGCUGCCCCCUGCCUGCCUGCUUCGUCCCCGUCCUCGGCGCGCCAGGCCGCCGCUCUCUGCCGCCCCCUGC